AUGAGUUUUAGAAUAUCAAUCUCUCCUUAAAGAAAACGUAGUAGUACAGGUAUGCCAUUAUCUGCUCGAUCCAGAAGACCAUCUCUUAAUUCUUCUCUUAAUAAUGUUGUGGAAGAAAUUAAGAACUCAAUGUAAAAUAAUGAAUAAUAAAAGGAAAUAACUCAAUCCUUAGUUGUAAAACCUUUUAAAUUAAUUAAUCAAAAUAGCAUUUGAUUUGGAAAAGUAAAAUACAAAAUUUUAUAAUGCUCUUCAGUCAUGUAAAGCUUCAAGCAUUCAAAAUGGAGAUUAUAUUUAAAAGGAACCAUCUUCUCAUCAUGAUAGGAAUAAAUCUAAAGAUAGUAGUCCAACAAAGAAAGAUUAAUCUGUUAAAAAUAUAGAAAUGACAUCAAGCAGCAGAUUAGAUCCAACUCCUAGAUAAAAAUUUUUAAUCAGAAGAGGUUCUUUAGAUGUAGACUAAUAAAUUACAAAAGUAAGAGUUAUUUUAAAAUAUUUAAAGGAUUAAUUAAGAAAAAUAAGUUAAGAAGCCAUAGAUCAGAACUUUAUAUAUAACUUACUAGAUUAUAAACAAUCGAAAUUAAAAUCUAUGACGUAUAAAAAAUUAAAUUAAAUUUUUACACUUAAUGAAAAAGAUUUAUAUUAAUAUAUAUAGAAGUUAGAAUAUUAAGGUAUUUAUGAUUUUGUUCAAAAUGAUAGAAUAUUUACAGUACCUUUAUGAACCACUUAAAUUUAUUAAGGAUUUAUCAGAAAAAUGCAUAUUAUAUAUUGAUAAAUUAAAGAAGAUCAUAAAAUUAACAUUUGAGAUACAAUACUGUACACCAUCUUAAACAUUUGAUAACUAUUAGAAACUUCUAUUGGAAUUGUUUGAUUGUGAUAGGGCUUAAGUUUAUUUAUAUGAUUAAAAAUUCCAUUUAUUUUGGAGUAAAAGCUAAGAUUGUUAAUAAAAGACAUAAUAUCCAUUUAAAGGCAUAUUAGGAUUUGUAACUAAAUAAGGAUAAUUGUUAAAUAUAAAUGAUGUUUAUUAAGAUGUAAGAUUUGAUUAGGAAUACGAUUAAAAUAAAUAGAAUAAAACAAAAUCAAUGGUUGCAUGUCCUAUAUAUGUAAAAGAUGAAAUAAUUGGUGUUAUUAUUAUAUCUUCUACUUGUUAAUAAUUUAAAAAAGAUGAUGAACUUUUGAUUUAAAUAAUUUCACAAAUAGCAGCAACACAUUUUUAUUAAUAUAUUUAUUAAGAGUAUAAUUCUAAAACUUGUGAAGCUUUAUAGUAAAUUUUGAAAUUAUCUUUAAUUUUAUAGUAAUCUGUUGAUUAAAAAUAAUUUAUAAUUUUAGCAUAAUAAAUACUAUCUAAAACAUAUGAAUUAAAAUAAGUAUAGAUUUAUUUUAAAGAUAUGUAAGAUUAAGAAAGUCUUUUUACUUUUAUUGAAUAAUAAAGAAAAAAAGUACCAAAAACAUGUGGAAUUAUUGGUUAUGUUUAUAAAACAGGAUAAUUCUAUGUUUCUGAUUCUUGUUAUAGAGAUAAAUAAUUUAAUAAAUUAGCUGAUAUUGAAACAAAUCUAUCUACUAUAACUAUACCUAUAAAGAAUGAAGAUAAAUGUAUGGGUGUUAUUCAAUAUAUUGAUACUAAAGGUAUUGAUAAUAUAGUUGGUAAAUAAAUAAGAAACUAUUAAUUAUCAAAUUUAGAUUUGAUUCAAACUUUUGCUAUAAUGCUCAGUUUUGUAAAUAGUAAAUUGAUUAUAUAAAAAUAUUGA